CUGACCGUAGAGGAAACUUCUCUAGUUCGUCUCUUGGUCCAACGCGGUGGCGGCCGAUACGCAACGACAAAUCUGCGGUCCUUGCUCCUCCCCGGAGUGAAAAUCCCGAAACCACAACGAACCACAGCCCAAAUCCCACCCUCCGGCCGAGGCGAGGCCUCCCGUCCAGCGAUCCCCCACGCAGCCGGCCCGGCAAGGCGCCCGCGAUGACGUCGGCGCCCGCCUCCUCCUCCUCCGCCUCGUACCGGUGCGCGGCGUGCGGCGCGGAUCUGAACCUGUCGGCGGCGCAGCUGUACCCGGCGGGCGUCUUCUUCGAGGCCGGGAACAAGGGCACGCUGUCCUUCGCGUGGGUGGACGAGUCGCGGCUCCGAUUCGCGGCCGAGGAUCGGAUCCGCCCCUUCUUCGAGACCCGCAACUACUGGGGCAUCCAGCGGAAGCGCACGCGCGUCAGCUGCGACGCCUGCGGCCGCCUCCUCGGCCACGUCUACGACGACGGCCCGCCGGUCAUGCAGGGCCACGGCCAGCUCGGGAUGGGGCCCAGCCAGGUCAUCCCGCGCCGCCCCAGGUACCGGAUCAAGACCAAGGCCGUCGUCGCCGCGCCCAGCCCGGCCGCCGCCGCGCAUGGGAAGUGAAGGCUGCCCUUCUGAUUUCGCGUCUCGCCUCGGGUCUGGUCGCCGUGCCGUAUCGUGCUGCGAGUUUCCUGUAAAUUACUUGCAGGAUGAUGCUGUGGACCGAUGGUGUCGUGCUGCUUUGGUUUGUUUCGUUGCAAUAAAUUUCACCUCUUGUGCUCUCUGAUCA